AUGGUGCCUUAUAGUUGGCAGAGAGACAAAAGUUAUCCAAAGCAGAAGGUUCUGUCAAAUAAGGUGAUAAUUGAGGCAAAAAGAGCAGACGCCAAUGUAAUAAAAGAUUUCUCCAAAUCAUCUGCAAUGGUUGAAGUUUUACAAGUGGUUAUCUCCUCGUCACAUCUUGUACAUACGGAAGAAUUUGUGG